GAGAGGGGGGGAGUCGCGGGCUGAGCGUGUGCGUGUUUGCAUGCGGGAUUUCCCACCAAAUCUCCCCCUCGUCCCACCACCUGAGCUGCCUGGGAUGGGGCCAGGCCACCGAAAGCGUUUAGGGAUAGGGCGAACCUGUUUGCUGUCCCCGUCGGAUACCCCCCUCUUUGUCUCGGCUAAUGGGCCGGCCCAGUGGGGGCCGCGUCCGCUGGUAAGUGACAGCACCCGCACUCCGCCGCGGCCCGUGCUCCGGGCUGGUGCUUCCAUGAAUAAUUUAAAUGACCCUCCCAACUGGAACAUCCUGCCAAAUCGACGGGAUCCCGGGGAUGAAGGCAGCAGAUGGAACUACGCCCUGCUGGUCCCCAUGCUGGGCUUGGCCGCUUUCCGUUGGAUCUGGACCAGAGAAUGUCAAAAAGAAAUAGAAAGAGAAAGAAAAGAAUACUAUAAAAAACAUUCAUCUUUACAAAAAGAUCUGGAAGGCAAAUACCGGGAUAUAAUCACAGAAAACCGUCGCACAGUUGCUCAUUUGGAGCUGGAGCUUGAAAAGGAACGCAACAGAACCCUGAGUUACCGGGAAGCCCUCGUGUCCCAGAGUCGCAAACUAGUAGAAGAAAGAAGGAUCCUAGAACAGGAGCAGGAGAAGUUAGAGCGAGAGAAACAAGUCCUUUUGCACUCAGGAGCAGAAGGUAGCUUGUACCAAAGUUGUCUGGCAAAGGAAGAAGACUGGCAAAAGAGAGCCAAUAAUUUACUAAAGGAAUUUGAAGAGGGGCUUAAAGAAAGACAGGACAUCUACUGCAGUCUUGUGGUACCCAGAGGCCAGAGACUAGAAAUAGAGAAAAAUCUGCUAGUUAAAGCAGCAACUGAUCCUGUUGCUAUGGCUCUACAUAUGGAAAGUGGCUUAAAAGAUAUUUUCAAACAUGAUAACUACUGUGGCAAUAUGCUGAACCGAAAUAAAAGUCAAAAUGGAAAACUUAUGUGGCUGUAUCUGAGAUACUGGGAGCUAGCUAUUGAGCUACAGAAGUUCAAGAGAGCAGAAAAGGCCAUGUUAGGAAAACGAUAAGCAGGGGAAGUAACGAGAUUUCAUGUGAUCCACUGUGCAUAGUAGGGACAAUCACAGUUGUAGUCUGAAGCUGUUAAGUUCUCCUACUGUGUUUCCGUUCCUCCUCCUCGUUGCACUUGCAUAUGCAUGGGACUUUUGCAGAGGUUGCUGCCUUUCCUUUCACUGUCUAACAACAGAUGCUCCAGUUAGCUAUGCAUGCUCUUAAACUCUGUGAGUGUGUUUGUUUUGCAGACUGCAGCAUAGUAGAGAUAAUGCCAGCUUCCACAGGAAUCAGAAGCAGCAGAACAGGACUCGGUUUAGAGUGAUUUACCUGGUUGAUGGUCAUACUCCAUCAACAGAGAAGUGUGAUUUUUCUCCCUCAAGUGAGAUAGCACAUUGUGCUCCUUUUCACUGAUAUUUUACAUGGUGUCUCAACACUAUCUUUUUUUUUUU